AAAAUAUAUAUAUUUUAAAAUUUAUAAAUAAAUAUAAAAUUUCUCAUUUCUCCAUCAAUAACGAGUACUGUAUUUUUUUUAUUGGUAAUACUUAUAAGAGUUUAUUUUUUUUAUUUUUAUCAAUUUAUGGUUACAGAUUUUCAGUUUUCAAUGGACAAUAUACCAAGGCAAAGGAGUUUCGCGUGUCUUUCACUAAAAUUCGGAUGUAUUCUAACCGGCUUAAUUGUUAUUCUAUAUUCCGUGUUAGCGUUAGCACAAUGCAUGGCAGCACUAAGUGUAUUGCCGUCCCAGCUAGAUCCAUCAGAUCCGGGCAGUUUGGCUAUGUACGCAAUUGUGAUAGUUGUCACUAUCACACACGCUGUCACGCUAUUCCUUAGUACCGUUUUGCUGAUUGGCGCUAUCCGGGAAAAAGCGUUCUUAGUAAGGCCAUGGGUUAUCUGGAUGUCGAUGCAAGUGAUGGUUUUGUUGCUGUUGUUCGUCUUCUGGAGCACCAUGAACAUGAUUAAUCACUACGACAUCUCCCUGGUGGUCUACGUGGUCGAGUUCCUUGGACUGUUGAUACGUUUCUACAUGUUGAUGAUAGUGAAUAGUUUCUACAAACAGCUAGAAGAAGAAGCAGAGGAAAGCAAGAGUCUUGUAAAAUUGAUAAACAACGAUUCGUGGUAUACAGUGUAGAUAUAUCAGUCGAUAAGAAAUAUUAAAAAACACAAUUAUUAUUAAAAUUGAAAAAUAAUACACGAAACUUUAAUUGUAGUCGGGUGUAGGUUUUUAA